AGAAUAUUUAAUAUAAAACAUUGCUGAAAUGUUAAAUCCACUGAUUACACCCAAAAUGCUAUAUGCAUUUGGAUUAAUUUGUUUAAGUUUGGUCUCAUACACACAAGCCUCAUUUCCAUAUUAUGGCACAAAAAUUGGCGCAUUAAAGCGAUUACAUCAUGGCGUUUCCGGCGAUGUCUAUGCCGUAGAUUCCAGAACAAUAUUUGUGAAAAAAUUCAAUUAUGAUGGUGAAGCACCAGCUGCCUAUUUUUAUGUGGGUAGCACUGGUAAGCCAAGUGCUGUUAGUGGCACACGCCUUAGAGACGAACGUGGAGCUACUGCCUCCCUGACAAAACGUUAUCGCAACAAGGAUAUAACACUAACCCUGCCUGAGGGUAUUUCUCUCAAGGACAUUAAAUGGUUUUCGGUGUGGUGUGAUGAAUUUGCCGUGAACUUUGGAGAUGUUACCAUUCCCAAUAAUUUGGAUUUCCCACGGCCACAAAAACUUACAGGAUUGGCUGGUGUCCAUGGUGUAAAAUCGGAUCCCAUUGUUGUGGUCGAUGCCCAGACAUUGUUGGUGCCCAAUUUCAGUUAUGAUGGUGAAGCACCUGAUGCCAAAUUCUGGGUUGGUCAAGGUGAUCGUCCCACACCCAACGGCCUACGUAUUCCCGAUGAAAAUGGCAAAGAGAAUCCUCUACGUCGUUAUGAUCACAAAACCAUUGUCUUAACUCUGCCCGAUGAUUUGACCAUUUUCGAUAUUGGUCACUUUGGUGUCUGGUGUGAAGCUUUUACUGUAGAUUUCGGCCACAUUCGUAUACCCAAGCCAUUGAAUGUUCCACCAUCGUUGAAAAUGUUGGGUAUUAGUCCUCAGUCAAAACUAAAUUGUGAAGUAUUAUAUGACGAUUUGGCAUUUGAAGUCCGUUGGGCCAUGGCUGGUGAUAGCAUUGUUGUGCAAUUGGUUUCCAAAUUGGAGGAUAAUCACUACAUGGCCUUCGGUAUUUCCCCCAACAAAGAUCGCAGUGUGAUGAUUGGUUCCGAUGUUGUGGUUAGUUGGGUCGAAAAAGACACCGGCAAGGGUUAUGCUGUCGAUUAUUAUCUCACCGAUAAAUCACAAUGUUCUGGACGUCGUGGUUCAUGUCCCGAUGUAAAUAUCCAAGACAACACCAAUUCGGUGCGUCUACUCAAUGCUGCCAUGGUUAAUGGCUAUUCAAUUGUCACCUAUCAGCGAUCAUUGAAUGCUACCGAUAAAUUAGAUUUACCUAUUUCCCGUAAUGGAUUUGAAGCUAUCGUUUGGGCUAUUGGACCUCUAAAUGAACGCAAUGAAACUUCCUUCCAUUCACAUUUCAAUAAACAUACACAUUAUAUUGAUUUUGGACGUCAGCCAACAUGGAAUUGUCCCACGCCAGAGGGUACCACACCGGAACCCAGUACUGAUGCUGACGAUGAUGAGGAUAGUGUAACUCCGGGCAAGGGUUAUCCAGCAGCUGGUAAACCUAGUGGAAAUGGCCAAGUUGUACCCGAAGAGGAAUUCUAUGAUAACAAUCGUGCCCAGGCUUUGCAGAGUGCGAACCGUAGAACUCAAAAUGGUGGUAAUCAAGUGGCUCAACGCAGAACUGUGCCCACACCUAAGCCUGUGGCAAAUGAUGUCGGUGCCUGGGAAAUACCACCCAUUCAAUGCUAUGAACCUGAGGAUGGUGUUUUCUAUGCGCAAAUGGGUCCCACCGGUGGUAAACAUGGUUAUUCGGCAAUAACUGGUCACGUUGGCUGGGGUAUUUCAUGGUACAUUAAUGGCCUCUUGAUUCCCGAAAUCCAUGUGGUUCGUGGCAAGACCUACACCUUUGUGGUGGAAGGUGGCAAUAACCCUGAUAUCCCUGCCAAAUACCAUCCCUUCUACAUUACCGAUGAUCCCGUCGGUGGCUAUGAACACAAGUUGGAAGAAGAAAAGAAGAAUAUUCGCAUCUUUGCCGGUGUCCAUCGUUCACGUUCGGGCCAAGUAACACCUACAGGUGUUGGUCGCCUAUGUAACUGGACACCCGAUGUUGAUGGUCCCCCAGCCGAUGAUUAUCAAUCCUUCGGUGCCUAUCAACGUACCCUUUCCCUUAAAUGUGAUCCCGGUGAGCCUGGUGUCAUUACCUGGAAACCAGAUCGCAAUACCCCCGACACCGUCUACUAUCACUGCUUUACACAUCGUUAUCUCGGUUGGAAGAUCCACGUGCACGAUAGUUGUGAUGAUGCCCGUUACGCUGCUUCCCAAAAACAUUCGGUACGUGUACCAGCUCCUGUGCGUGCGGAUGAUGAAUUGGAGGCCGAAGAAUCGAUACGUCAUGAAACAAAGAUGGCAUCCGCGCUGCUGAGGCUCUCGAGGAUAGCAUAUUGAGGCAAAAACAUCAACAGCAACAGAAACAACAGCA